CCUAUCUCUCUUCUUCUUCUUCGCUUUGCUCCUCCUCCAGGGUUAAUCAACGGUCACCGUCAAACGCAUCAUCAACUUCUCUGUGAUCAUCAAGCUCUCUGAUCGUCAUGGAUGGUAGUUUCAACAAAGCCAACAACCCUUUUGUUAGCGAACAACAAUUAGAAGAAAACGACAACGUUUCAUCAGAAAACGGCGCCGAAUCUCCUCCUUCUACCACUUUCAACGACAUGAAACUCGCUUCUCCUAAAAAAGGUAGAAGAUCCAUACAGAAAAGAGUGGUGUCAGUGCCAAUCAAGGACGUUGAAGGUUCCCGCCUUAAAGGAGAGAGCGCUCCACCGUCAGAUUCUUGGGCUUGGAGAAAGUACGGCCAGAAGCCCAUCAAAGGCUCUCCUUACCCAAGAGGUUAUUACCGGUGUAGUAGCUCCAAGGGAUGUCCAGCAAGAAAACAAGUUGAGAGGAGCCGUAUGGACCCUUCAAUGUUAGUGAUUACGUACUCCUGCGAACACAAUCACCCUUGGCCCGCUUCUAGGAACAAUACCGCGGCCGCUAAACAAGCUGCGGCGGCGGCAGCGGCAGCGGCUGCAGCAGCAGCAACAGCAACGGAGACAACAACCACAACAGCGGUAAAGGCCGAGCCAUCUACGUCGCAGCCCGACACGGAACCGGAAUUCGGAACCGAAGAGAAGUUCGCUGAUCUGACGGACGACUCCAUCCUUACGACGAGGGAUGAAUUCGCUUGGUUCGGCGAGAUGGAAACGACGUCGUCGACGGUGUUGGAGAGCCCGAUAUUUACGGAGAGGGAUAAUAGUGUAGCUGACGUGGCGAUGAUUUUCCCGAUGAGGGAAGAGGACGAGUCGUUAUUCGCCGAUUUGGGCGAGUUGCCCGAGUGCUCGUUUGUGUUUAGGCACCAACGGAAUGUGGGACCACAGGUGGGGAUCUGCUGACACGUGGCUAAUGAGCAAUUUACAAGUAUGUGGAGGAGUCGUUGGUUUCAACGGCGUGCGUUCGUGUGCCACAAGAUACGAAAAAAGAAAAACGGAGACAAACAAGAGGAAAAAGAAGGAAAGGGAAAACGAAAUUUUUAUUUUUUUUUAUAACCUCUUACAUUAUCCCUUCAAGCACAUUUUGAAUUUUCUCUGAUAUUUUUUCUUCUUUUACAGUUUAAUUUGCCUUGAUUUCGGUGUAGUAAAUGAAUAAAAAAUUCCGAAUUCUUCAUUCUGUCGUUA